CUGACAAAGCCAAAUUGCAUAACUUUCCUCCCAAAAGCUUCUUUGUCUCCGCUUCAUUAUUUUCCCAGUAAAGGCCAUGUCUGCCCCCGGCCAGCUGUAAUUUGAUUAAUCCACCAAAAGGAUAGCCAGACGCAUUGCUGCAGGGAGGUGGGUUGAACAGCUUUUGAAGAAAUGGAGACUUUAGUCUUUUUAUUUUCAUUUUCUGCCCUUGGCAUUCUUUAUGCCAUGAACACCAUUCCUGAGCUUCAAGAGCCUUAUGUGAUCCUGGGGAUUGGUGUUGCUGUGUUGGUGAUUGUGUUUCUGUUCUACUUCCUCAUCACUCGUGGCAACCCACCUAAAGACGCCUUAUUCUUUGUUUUUGCAGAAUUUUCUUUUACUUGUGUCAUUGACCUGACAAGUGCCUUGGAAUACGACGGCAUUCUUUCUGGCUUUAUGGAAUUCUACCAGAAGACAGGAGAGCCGUAUCUGGGAACAGCCUAUGCCAUCAUGAUGUGCUACUGGGAUGGAAUAGCACACUUUAUCAUGUACCUGGUGAUGAUCAGCAGGAUAACAGACAGGAAAGCCUACCGUACCCUCGGCUUGUUCUGGGCUGGCUCUUUGUGUGCCAACAUGAGUGUAUUCAUUGCUGGGAUAGUGGCAGGUAAAUAUGGGUCAGAGAUCCGUCCAGCUUUCUGGCUCAACUUCCUCUUCCUUCUCGUGCCUGUAUGGGGAGCUGUCACACUAUUCACAAGGCCCAAGGACAGACCACUAAUUGGUGGAUACAAUGCCCAGCAUGCUCAGAGCAUGAAACUUAUCUGGCGUCCCUUGGACCUGAUCCUAGUGGUGUUCCUUUUAGCUGCCAUGGCCUUCACCAUCCUCAGAGGCUUAGUGGCUCUGGACUCUCCACUAGAAGUCUGCUCUAUCUACCUGAAGCACUAUGAACCCUACCUGAAGGAUCCUGUGGGCUACCCCAGGGUGAUGAUGCUGCACUUGUUCUUCUAUGGACUACCUCUGUUGGGUGCAUUUGUUUACGGUCUCCUCAAGCCUGGGUGCACAUGGAUGUCAGACUGGACGAUAUUUUUUGCCGGGGCUAUGACUCAGUGUCAGUGGGCCCAUAUUGGGGGGUCCCUCCAUCCUCAUACCACGGCUCCAUUUCAAAUCCCAAAUGAUGCUUUCUGGUGUGUGCUGGUGGCUAACUUGCUCUAUGCUGCCACUCCCAUCCUGGUGGCUGCGCGAGUUCAUAGUAAUCCCUAUUUCUUCCUCAAGAUAGCCCCCUUCCCUGGGCAAACAGGUUUGCCAAACAGUGAAGAGAAAGAUACCAAGUACAAAGACAAAUAGUAAAUCUCCUUUGGAGUUAAUUACUUAUCUGAUGAUUCAAUCUGUUUUAUUUCAAAUGCCAUAUUUCAAAAUGCCAAAAUACAAGAUUAUUUUGCUCAA